AUGUGCCCUAACCAUAUUCUUGGCUCUUCACAGAAAUUGGCCGACCUGGUGGCUACCAGUCAAUCCGUCAGAUCAUCCAUAUUUUCCCUCAGUCAUAUAGGUGGUCGGCCUGUAAUAUGGAAACAAAUAAGCAACUUAUGUAUCCACUUAAUUGAUCAGUUUGUGACGAACGUUCAAAUGGCAAAUAAUUGUGGGAUUAACAACUUGGGUACACCUCUCUGGCCCAAAAGUAUGGAUAUUAAAUACAAACAACACCUGCCAUCAUCGUUCAAGGCACAAAUACGUCAAAGCAACAUAACUACAACGAAAGCCUCCGUGACUACUGAUAAAUCAUGGCCUAAUCCCCAACCUAAUGGCUCUAUAAUCCUUCAAAACUUCUUAAAUGCUGGACGCACACUGUUUUCAAAA